AUGGCACCGUCUUCGUCGACGGUCGCCGUAGCGAGCGUCAUCUUGGGCGCCACGUUAUCCAUGGUGAAUUUUUCCUACGACGCUGGCAUGAUCAACCAGCUACUUUUAAGUGUGAAGUUCUAUGAGUAUUUUCAGCUCGAUAGCACAUGGAUAGGUCUCAAUGUUGCCAUUGUCAAUGUCGGUAACUUGGUAAUCGGUUUGGUCGUGGGACCAUUGAUGGACCAUCUCGGUCGCAAAAAGGCCAUCUGGCUAAGCAACUUCCUGGCAAUCGUGGGUGCAGCCUUACAGGCAUCUGCGCAGAACAUUGGAAUGCUCCUCACCGGCCGUGCCAUUCUAGGCAUUUCGUUGGGCAUCUCCGGCGUAUGUGGACCAACCUUGGUGGCCGAAACCACGCCAGGCCGUACUCACGCUAUGAUGGCAAAUGCCUCGAUGCUUGGUCUACCACUGACAGGCGUGGUCGUAUCAGCUGCUGGAAUUGGGGUUUAUCGGUCAGACUGGGAUUGGGGUUGGCGAGGUGUUGUUCUCGGAGAGGCAAUUCCGCCCGUCCUCUCCAGCGUGUUCCUACUGAUGGCGCCUGAGUCGCCACGCUGGUUACUGUUUAAAAACCGCCCGGACGAAGCGAAGCAAGUUCUCGAGCGUUUACAUCCAUCGACCGAGCUAGACAGAGACGAAAAGAUUCGGGUCGAGUACCAGGAAAUUACCCAGACAAUUGAGUUCGAGCGCCAAAAUGAUGAGUCUCUAAGAGCACUGGUAGCGAAGCCAUCAGACAGGCGCCGUUUCCUAAUUGCUGUCCUCACCAACAUCUUCUACCAAACAUCCGGAGCAAACACUCUGCCCUACUUCUUUACUCUAGUGCUCACGUCGAUUGGAAUCACUGAUACGUAUACCCUCUUAUACCUUAACCUUGGACUGACUGCUUGGGGUGUAUGUUCCCUCGCCAGCGGCUUAUGGAUGACGCAGCGCUUCGGGAGUAAAACUAUUAUGCUUACAAACACGGGUUUGGUGUCGGUGUGUUUGGCUUUACUAGCUAUUUUCGAUGCUUUGGGAUCAGACCAGGGAAGAGGCAAUGGUGCGCUGGUGGCGACUUUCAUCUUCUGGUGGGCAUCGUGCAGCUGCUGGAUGAUCUUAGAAUUCACAUACCCUGUAGAGAUUCUCCGCUUCUCCCUGAGAGGAAAGGGGACGGCUCUGGCUCAACUGAUCGGAUAUGCGUUUCAGUUGACUCUAAACUACACGCUUACCUUGGCAUUGGAGAGGAUCGGGUGGAAGUUCUACGCGAUUAACGCUGCUUGGGAUGCGUUCAUCGUGAUAUGCAUUUGGUUUUUGUUCGUCGAGAUCAAAGGCCGGACGCUGGAGGAAAUGGACGCUAUUUUCGACGGAAUCGUCCACUUCAAUCUCCCAGAGGAUGUCAAGAUUAUUAAUGGCAUAGGGAAAGAACCUCCCACGCUCACUGCCGGUAGCAAGCUAAAGAACGAGGUGUGA